AUGGCCGAACCGUUUGCAGGUAAACCUUUCACGUCCUCACCAGCCACCCAGGCUGCAUUUUCGAAUUACCUCGAGACUCACCCAAACAAGCGCCGAGUGACUCGACUCGAACGAGAGGAGCUAAUCGGAUGGCUCACCAAUCACCACGCCCCGCUUUCGUCGCAGAAGGAGUUCAGCCGUCGAAAGGAUGUGCGGAAGACUUUCACUUGGGAUCAAGAUGGCCAGAUGCUUGCGGCGGUUUCGAAGAACGGUGGUGAAAAGCGGACAGUCAUCACCGAGGAUUGCAUUAUCGAGGUAGUAGAACUCGUGCAUACCACAAACGGCCAUGCAGGAUGGGACGCCACAUGGAGGGAUGUUAAUCACUCCUACUACGGCAUCAUGCGAGCCGACGUGAUCUUCCUGCUUAAACGGUGCGACAUUUGCGUAUCGAAUCCUCGCAAGCGUCCAAAGGGAUCUAACUCGACAAAAGCUAGCCCAGACCGCGCUGGUCUAGAGGCUUAUGAGCGCCAGAAUGACAAGGACCUCCUGAGUCUGGUACAUCAUGAGGACAGCUUUAUGAUCGAGGCCUUGGAUAUGGCGAUGCCGUACGAACGGGUGGCGAAGAAGAUAGUCGGGGGGUUUCGAUGGGGAUUGCGCUGCAGGAGCGGAUCUGAACUCGGCGAGGAUAUUUUGGCUUCUGCGUUCUCUGAGAUAUCAAAUCGAAAUACUGGACCCGUUUGAGUC